CGGGCUUACGGCCUUACGUGCACGUUCGUACGUCCGUACAACAACAGCUGAACUUCAAAAUGCCGUCCGAGCAGCAGAAGGCUUCGGCUAAUCAAGUCGUUUCUUCUCAACCAGAAAAACCUUUCCACUACACUUACUUGAAGGAGUUUCGUACACAACAAUGCCAGGAUUUCUUGCAGCACAAGUGCCCAAAUCAUCGGCCGUUUACCUGUUUUCAUUGGCAUUUUCUGAAUCAACGAAGGCGAAGACCGAUUCGUAAACGUGAUGGAACUUUUAAUUAUAGCCCGGAUAUAUAUUGCUCCAAGUACGAUGAAACUUCAGGCCUUUGUGAAGACAGAGAUGAGUGCCCCUUCCUUCACCGCAACACCGGAGAUACAGAGAGAAGAUAUCACCUGAGAUACUACAAGACAGGAACCUGCGUUCAUGAGACGGAUGCAAGAGGUCACUGUGUCAAGAAUGGGCCUCACUGCGCGUUUGCCCAUGGCCCGCAUGACCUACGACAGCCAGUGUAUGACAUACGAGAGAUGGCUCAGACCAAGCCUCCUGGACAAUGUGUUCCUCCAGUGCUAUCACCCGAGUGUACGACGUUACCCAGUGAUCUAGGAUCUCUUACUGCUAAUCUCAUCACGACACAAGCUCCUUCAGUAGCUCCUCCUCCAGCUGUAGCGAUGGACAAGGAUAAAACCAUGUAUGUAGAUGAUCCUAGAUGGCAAGAUACCAACUUUGUAUUGGCCAAUUACAAGACAGAACCGUGCAACAAGCCUCCCCGCCUCUGUCGCCAAGGUUACGCAUGUCCAAGAUAUCACAAUGCUAGAGAUAGGAGAAGAAAUCCACGCAAGUUCAAAUAUAGGUCUACCCCCUGUCCCAAUGUAAAGAUAGGAGAUGAAUGGGGAGAUCCAGCAAACUGUGAACAGAAUGAUAAUUGUCAAUACUGUCAUACAAGAACAGAUCAGCAGUUCCACCCAGAAAUCUAUAAAUCUACCAAAUGUAACGACAUGCAGCAAACUGGCUACUGCCCACGAGGCCCGUUCUGUGCAUUUGCACACGUAGACCAGGAAAUGAGUAACACUCAGCGUGAAUUAAGCGAGGACCAAACGUCUAGUCUAUCCCAAAUAUCACCUGUGUCAUCAGCAUCAUCAACAAGUAAUCCGGUCAACAACCCCUCACUACAAACAGAGUUAUGUCUAGAUUUUUCAUUUGUGCCACCCAAUGUCCAUGGUCAUAUUGGAAGCGGUGACGCCUCUAGUCUUAACAGCCCAGGUAGUAGUGGUCUUGGACCCAUAGGUAAACCUCGGUCUAACAGUGCAUCAAGUAGCUAUUCAUCGGUCUCUGAGACUUCUAGCUAUCAUCGGUCUCACAAUGCAGAGAAGGAUGACAAUUCAAAUCUCUUUUUCCCAUCCUGCUCUCAGAUGCCACUGACGAUAAACCACAGCACUAGUUCUUUCUUUGCCAGCUCCAUGUCACCUAAUGCACAACCAUUCUAUCCGACCAGUGAUACGGUAGAAUCAGUUGUAGGGAAUGCUUUAGAUGAACUGAAUUUGGAUGACUUUGAUGUAGCAGCCAUAGACAAAGAGUUGGACAAUGACAAUUCAUCAAUAGGCAGUUCUACUACAAGUUUGGGCCAUUUACCAAUGGCGCCAGCUACUUUUCCAUCUUUUUUGUCAGGUUUGAGCUUAGGAUCGUCAGCACCAGUCAACAUCCCAACCAGUAGCAGUCUUAAUCAUAAGUCUUCUAUGCCUGAGAGUCCGGCUUCUCCUCUCUCGGGCCUACCACCAGCGUUUGUUCCACAACACAUACAACAGCAGCAACAUCAACAACAACAAAUUGAGCAGGCUGCAGCUGCAUUUAUGAGUCAACCUAACACAGCACCAUCUAGUCUAAGGCAUAUGGGUCUAGGCCACAUGCUAGGAGACCCUAUAGGAUCGGCCUCAGGGUCUCCCAGCUCUAACACACCUAUGACAACCUCUGCAUCUAACUCUACCAGCGGUGGGACCCGGUCAGGGGGGCAGAACCAUACCGGUGGAGGCGAGGGCGACACCACCGAUGUAGGCAGGUUACAAGAAGAGUGCAACACGCUGAGAGGGCAGGUGCAGAAGUGGGAAGAGUCAUGGGCGCAGGCGAAACAGGCAUGUGAUGCAUGGAAACGUGAGGCUACGGAUUCUCAAGAAAAAGCUAAGCAUGCUGAAUUAGAAAAGAAUUCUGCAUUACAAAGAAAAGAAGAGGCUUUCACUGAAUCUAGAAUACUAAAGCAAGAAAUAGAAGGCUUAUCAGGAGGACCGCAUUUACAUGUGCUUAACAAGGUAGCGGAACUGUCAAAUUUACCAAUGAACAAGCUUAAACAACUACAAUCACAGCUCAAACUGGAUUUAGAAAGGGUUGAAAAGGUGUUGCAUAUAAGAGAGAACUUCACAUGCUGCCUAUGUCAGGACCGUGAGCGUAGCGUGGUGGUAGGACCAUGCCAACACCUAGCCCUCUGUUCAUCAUGCGCUACCACUGUCUGUGAAUGCCCUGUAUGUCACAUACAGGUUAAUAACAAGACCAACGUAGUGGUUCCUGCACCCCUCUGACUGUGGGGUGGCUCCUCCUGGGGUAGAGGGCG